AGAAGUUUUUGACAAAUCAUGUCUGAGAGAGGACGAGGUAGGAGUCGUGGAAGAAGCCAAGGUCAGAGAAAACAGCAGUCCGAGUAUCCUGGCCAUCAGUCUGGUCCACCAUCACAAUCAAGUGCUUGGGGACGUAAACCUGGAACUGAGUCGUCACAAUCGAGAGCUCAGUCUCAACCAGGACCUUCCUCACAAACACCAUAUGCAAGACCACCUGCUCCACAAAGUGUUGAAAGAGCCACUCAAAGAUAUGCUCCCAAAGCAGAAUCUGCACCAGGAUAUAAAGAGAAAGGUGGUUCAGAACCAAUGGAAGUUUGCGAACGUGGAGAUGCUGGAGCAGUAGCACUGGGAAGAGGAGCUAUGCGCGGAAGACGUGUUAUAGUUCCGGAAAUUCUUACAAGACCGGCAAAUUUAGUAACAAAGAAAGGUACUACCGGAAGUAACAUAAUGUUACAAGCGAAUUAUUUUAAGUUACUUGCAACAACCGAUUGGUGUUUAUAUCAGUAUCGUGUGGAUUUUGCACCGGAAGAAGACAGAACUGUUGUUCGAAAAGGUUUACUUAGACUGCAUAAAGAAACUGUGGGAGCAUACGUUUUCGAUGGAACUGUUCUUUAUACUAGUAGACGUUUACCAGAUAACUUGGAGAUGUAUUCUGUGCGACAAUCAGAUGAUACAAAAAUCAGAAUCUCUAUACGCCUGGUUGGAGAUAUGAUGAAAGGCGAUCAAAAUUAUAUUCAAUUUUUCAAUAUAAUCAUGCGAAAAUGUCUGGAUUUGUUGAAACUACAACUUGUUGGUCGUAAUUACUUUGAUCCACGCAGUAAGGUAGAAAUUCGUGACUACAGAAUGGAACUUUGGCCCGGAUAUUUUACAUCUAUAAGGCAAAAUGAGAGUAAUAUUCUUAUGUGUUCGGAGAUUACACAUAAAAUCAUGAGACAGGAAACAUUAUUAGAUAUCUUGAAUGAUUGUUAUGAACGCAAUCGUCAUGACUACAAAACUGCAUAUGCAAAUCAAGUGAUGGGUUUAGUUGUGCUUACCGAUUACAACAAUAAUACGUAUCGUAUAAGUGAUAUAGAUUACGAUACAAAUCCCCGUUCGACAUUCCAAUUACGAAACGGGGAAAACAUAUCAUACAUGGAUUAUUACAGAAAUAAAUAUCAAAUCAAGAUUCGUAAUGAGACCCAACCAAUGCUGGUAACUAGAUUAAAGCCAAAAGAGCGGCGAGCUGGUCAGCCUGAAUUUAUAUAUCUUGUACCUGAACUGUGCCGUGCAACGGGUUUAACCGAUAAUAUGAGGAAUAACUUUCAUUUAAUGAAUGCAUUGGCAGAACAUACCCGUGUCUCUCCUAAAUCACGUAUAGAUAAACUGAUGGCGUUCAACAGAAGACUCCGACAAGAAAAGGCAAUAGUACAAGAAUUGCAAGAUUGGAAUUUGAAGCUUGAUGAUAGAUUAGUAGACAUACCGGCGCGUGUUCUGCAACCAGAGAAAAUUAUACUGGGUAAUAAGAUAGCAGUUUCUUCUGGACAGUUUGCUGAUUGGACCAGAGAUUUGCGUAGCAAACCGCUAUUCAAUGCGGCUCGAUUGAGCAACUGGGUGGUCAUUAACGUGACUCGUAUGAGACGAGAUGUAGAAGGAUUCGUCAGAGUCCUUCAAGAGAGUGCCUACGAUGUAGGUUUCAGAAUAGAUGCCCCCAGAUACUGGGACAUAAAUGAUGACAGGUCAAAUACCUAUUCCGAUACCCUUGAAAGAAUAAUGAGCUCCUGUAAUCCCGAAUUAGUUUUCUGUGUAGUAUCUAAUAACCGAACUGAUCGAUAUGCUGCUAUAAAGAAGAAAUGUACGGUUGAUAGGCCAGUGCCGUCGCAAGUUCUUCUUGCGAAGCAGCUUACAAACAAAAAUAUGAGAACGAUAGCUACCAAAGUAGCGAUUCAGAUAAACUGUAAACUAGGUGGAGCACCGUGGAGUGUUGAAUUACCACCGAUCAAUUUGAUGGUUGUCGGUUUUGACGUGUGCCAUGACCCCAGUGACAAAAGUCGUGAUUUUGGUGCACUGGUGGCGUCAUUAGAUAAAAAUUUGACGAGAUACUUCAGUGCAAUAAGCGCGCAUACCUCAGGGGAAGAACUUUCUAACGAAUUUUCUGUCAAUUUAACCAAAGCUUUACAUAAUUAUAGAGAAAUGAAUAAGACUCUUCCAUCGCAUAUCCUCAUUUAUCGCGAUGGUGUAGGUGAAGGUCAAGUACCUUAUGUUUACGAACAUGAGGUGGAACAGAUUAAAUCGAAAUUGAACAGUAUUUACGGGAAUCCCGCUGCCGUCAAAAUGGCAUUUGUGAUAGUAACAAAGCGAAUCAAUACUCGGGUCUUCCACAGCCAAAACAAUCCUCCACCAGGUACAAUAGUCGAUGACGUUAUUACAAAUCCAUUGAAAUACGAUUUUUAUGUUAUAUCUCAAAAAGUACGAACCGGCACAGUAUCGCCAUCUGCGUACAACGUAAUUGCGGAUACAACUGGUUGGAGAGCCGACCAAAUGCAAAGAAUGACGUAUAAGUUAUGUCAUAUGUAUUAUAACUGGACUGGUACUGUAAAGGUACCAGCACCGUGUCAGUAUGCCCAUAAACUUGCAUUUUUAGUGGCGCAGUUCAUACGUCGUCCGCCAAGUACACAGCUGGAGAAUCUGUUGUAUUUCCUGUAA